AUGGCAGCUCUCCAACUCUUGAAUCACCCUCACGAGCUUGCUCUAGGUAUUGUCGUCCUACUUUUCUCUGGAUAUGUCAUCUACCAAAGAUUCCUACACCCCCUCGCCAAAUACCCCGGCCCUUUUCUCGCCUCGCUCACCGACCUCUGGCAGGUGCAUCAAUUCAUGACUCUGAAGCAACCGUACACACUCACCAAGCUACACGAAAGAUACGGCUCGGUUGUGCGCUAUGGCCCAGACAAGUUGAGCAUCACCGACGAAGAGGCCAUCAAAUCAAUCUACCAGAGCGGAGCUCGAUAUAUGCCGAAAACCGAGUUCUACAAUGCCUAUGGAGCGGCUCAUCCCAAUGUGUUUGGAAUGCGCGAUGAACAUGUACAUUCCGUCAGACGGCGUCACAUGUCUCACAGUUUCUCGAUGAGCUACGUCAAAGAGAUGGAGCAGCACCUUGACGCAAAUAUCAAGAUUUUGCGAGGGAAGAUAGAAUCGUAUGCUGCGAACCAGGAAACAUUUGAUCUAAAAAAGGCCUUGCACUACUAUGUCAUUGAUACCUUGGGUGAACUAGCUUUCAGCCAGACAUUCGGCGUGCAGGUUUCCGACGACGAAACUCGCGUUCCACCGGCUAUCGAGCAUAGCUUGCUAGCAGCAGCCACAGGUGCUUGGCCGAUGAUGACUAUGCGACUGAAAAGAUGGCUCCCACUUAUCCCGCACAACGGGCUGCAAGCACUGUUUAAGGGCCGGAAAGCCUGCGCAGAUCUCGCUUCCCGAUGUGUUGAUGUCAGAUUGAAUUCCAUCAAACCAAAAGAUGGAUCAAACACCGACUCUUCUGGAAGAAAGGAUAUUCUUACGAAUUUGAUACUGGCUAAGCACCCCGACACGGGUGAGAGUCUGUCCCAGAUCGACCUCGAGACCGAGGCAUUUGGAUUUAUCAUUGCGGGCACUCAUACUACCAGCGCAACUACCGCAUUACUCUUCUAUCACUUGCUCCAUGACCCGAAGCUAAUGACCAAGUGUGUGGCAGAGAUUGAUGAGAAAUUGCCCAUUCUUCAACCCGAUGAAAGCGCCUAUUCUGUCACAGUCACGGAGACGUCACUUCCGUAUUUGCGAAACUGCAUAAAAGAAAAUUUCCGGAUCACUCCCGUCUUCACAAUGCCUUUGGCGAGGAGAGUUCGUAUGCCAGAAGGAGUAAAUAUUGCUGGAAAGCAUAUUCCCUACGCAACCUCCAUUGCCGUGUGCAAUCAUGCUUUCCACCACAACCCAGCGGUUUGGGGACCCGACCAUAACGUAUUCGAUCCCUCCCGGUGGGAUGAUCCCGAGACUGCGAAAAAAUCUCGGCUAUUGAUGCAUUUUGGCCUUGGGGCCCGGCAGUGCAUUGGCAAGACUGUGGCUAUGACCAACAUCUACAAGUUGAUGAGCACACUACUGAGUGAAUUUGACUUUGAGCUAGCAGAUGAGAAUGAGAGGGCUCGUGCCCAAGCGAAUGGGUUCCGUGGGGAGAUUCCGGAGUUGACAAGUGUAGGAAUCAGUGAUUUAGCACAGCCUUUGUGGGUGAAGGCCCAGAAGCGGGAUAGGGUUGUUGUCAACUAG